AUGGAUAGAUUUGACCUCGUCGUCGUGGGCACCGGCUGGUACGGCCUCGCAGCCGCGAAAACAUACAUCGAACUCCAUCCGUCCGAGAAUGUGGCCGUCCUGGAAGCCAACACGUCAGUCGGCGGCGUCUGGGCUCAAGACCGCCUCUACCUGGGCCUCAAGUCCAACAACAUGCUGGGCACGUACGAAUACCCUGACUUUCCCAUGAAACAGGAUACCUAUGGAGUCAAGCCCGGCGAGCACAUCCCAGGGACUGUCCUUCAUCGCUAUCUCACGGACUAUGCCGACAAGUUUGGCGUCCUCGAGCGUACACGGUUCAACACUAAAGUCGACUCCGUGGAACCAACACAAGAUGGAGGCUGGCUAAUCAAGACGUCUUCCCCAUCCUCUGAUUCUGCGACUGCUGCUUCUUCCGAGCAGAAAAGCUCGACCUUCGAGACCAAGAAACUGAUACUCGCCACGGGGUUGACAUCGCAGCCAUAUAUUCCCGAUAUACCCGGCAUGCAGGAUUUCGAGGGUUCUUUGUUCCACAUCCGAGACUUCGCCAAGAAAGCUGACACUAUCGAGGCCGCGAAAAGUAUUGUCGUUGUCGGCGGCGCCAAAUCAGCAUGGGACGUCGCGUAUGCCUACGCUACCGCUGGCGUACAAGUCGACCUGGUGAUUCGGGAGUCUGGCCGCGGACCCGUCUGGAUGGCGCCGCCCUACGUGACGCCGCUGAAGAAAUGGCUCGAAAAGCUCGUCCACACGCGCUUCCUCACGUGGCUCAGCCCUUGCAUCUGGGGUGCCGAGGACGGCUACUCUGGAAUUCGCAACUUCCUUCACUCGACCUUCCUGGGUCGCGCCAUUGUUUCCACCUUCUGGAAGAUCCUCGCGAGUGACGUGAUCGCGCUGAAUAAGUACGACUCGCAUCCGGAGUUGAAGAAGUUGAAACCGUGGGAUCCGGCGUUCUACAUUGGCAGUUCACUGAGCAUUCACAAUUAUACGACGAGCUUUUUUGACCUCGUUCGAGAAGGCAAGGUUCGCGUGCAUAUCGAUGAGGUCACUGGCUUUGGACCACAGUCAGUGAGCUUGAAAUCCGGGGAUACUCUCAAGCCGGACGUCGUGGUCUUGGCGACGGGCUGGAAGAAAGAACCCACGCUGCACUUCGAGGCUGGGAGCGAAGCUGACGUGGGACUUCAUCACUCGCCCGCUGACCUGGAUGAGCUAGCUAAGGACGCGGACCGAGAGAUUCUUCAGAAGCUGCCAAGCCUCAACGCUCAACCGCCGCGAAGAGGCCAGCUUGAAGAAAAGUUGUCCGAAAGAAUGCAUCAACCUCUCCGGAUGUACAGAUUCACAGUGCCCCCUGCUAUGGUUCCCAAGCGAAAUAUAGCUUUCGCAGGGAUGCUCUCCUGCAUUACGACGUCGACCGUUGCCACUGUCCAAGCGCUCUGGAUCUGCGCCUUCUUCGACGGCAAUCUCAGCAGACUGCCUUCUUCGCAGGACGACAUCCGAUGGGAGACGGUUCUGCACACCCAAUUCGGCAAGUGGCGAUAUCCUACUGGCUAUGGUCCCAGCUUUCCAGACUUUGUCUUCGAUGCAGUUCCCUAUCUCGACAUGUUGCUGACUGAUCUGAACGUGAACUCGCACCGCAAAUCAGGGAAAGUGGCGGAUAUGUUUGACCCCUAUGGACCGGAAGAUUAUGUCGGCUUGGUCGAGGAAUGGAAGGCGGGACGUGAAAAGAGCGAAAAGGCUUAA